AGUUGCGUUGGUGAACUGUGACACCAAGCGAGAAGACUGCACAAUGACACCCGAAUCUUCGUGAGUUUCAGUUUCAUUUCUUCAGACAUCAGAAAAUUUUAACGAAGUGGAAACAAGCGGAAGUGUAGCCUCCCCACCUUCGGUAAAAUGUCUACUGCCGUUUCCAAGUUCAUCACCAGGAUUAUCUGUGAAAAUCAUGGAUGCAUGGACUACCAACAUCUUUACAAAACUCUACGGCAAAGUGUCACCAUUGCUGAAUCGACACUUUCCGCUGUCUUGAGAGACAAAUUUGUUAUUGUUGAAGGAAAAGAAAAGGGCUCAGCGAACAAUGGCUUGGGCGCAGACAGCUCAAUCAUAGCGAAGACAUCACUCAGAAUUUGCAAAGAAAAAAACGACAGUUGUAGUGACUGUGGAGAUUUACAUCUGUGCAGAUACCUUGUGUGUGGCAGCUGCAGCUACGGGAGGAAGUGCAAAAAUUCCCAUGACUUAGACUCGGAUGACAACAGGGCAGUCCUUUGCAGCCACGGGCUGCAGGAACUGGAGGAUGCGGAGCUUUUCACGCUGCUGCUGCAGAAUGACUCCUCUCUUCUCCCGGAGGUCUGCUCACAUUACAACAAGGGGAACGGCGAGCACGGCUCCUGCAGGUUCAAAGGAGGCUGUAAGGGCCUGCAUGUCUGCCAGCACUUCCUGCAGGGGGACUGCACUUUCGGCGACAAGUGCAAGCGGGCCCACGCCUUCGACGCCAACGCCCAGGAGAUCCUGAAGCGCAGAGGCGUGAGCCCGGAGAAGAGUCAACUUCUGUGCACGAUUUACAGGAACAUGUUCGCCAUCUCAGGCCCUCAGAACGGCCCGGCGGGCCUGUGCGUCCCCACGGCUGACCUCUGCCUGGGCGCUGGGAGCCCCCCCGUGGCUGCCACCGCCCCUCCCGCGGCCCGGGAGCGAUCCCGCCAGCCGCCCAGCGCCUCCGUCAGCGAGGCGGACCGCAACGAGAUCUGCCUCUUCUUCCUCCGCCGUCACUGCAGCUUCAAAGAGAACUGCACCCGGGUUCACUACCACCGGCCCUAUCGCUGGCAGGUCGCGGAGCCGGGCGGGGCCGCCUGGAAGGACCUGGUGGACAUGGAGGCCGUCGAGGAGGCCUACUGUAACCCCGCGAACAACGCCAGUAAAGGGAUCUCUAAGGUGGACUUCCUCACCAUGACGAGCGGAGGCUCCAGAGUGCAGCGGCUGUCCACGGUCUCCUCCAUCACCAAGCCCCCCCACUUCAUCCUCACCACCGACUGGCUGUGGCACUGGCAGGGCGAACGGGGGAAGUGGUUCGAGUUCGGCUCCGAGGGUGACGGGGACGCACCGUCCAUCACGUCUCAGACACUGGAGAACGUCUACCUGGCCGACACCGACGGGGAGAUCCCCUUCACCACAGGCGGCCAGCAUUACGUUCUCUAUUUCAAAGACAUGAUUCAGGAGAACGUCAAAUUCAAAACGAGGAGGCCGGUUCGAAGGCGACCACGCUUUCUGUCUGGUGCAGAGGUGGAGAAGAAGCUGAAGAAUGGUACUCCAGAAGCUUCCGGCUCCACUCCCACGAGCGUUCCUGAGCACUGGGAUCAGGAGGCCCUGUCUGACUUUGAGUACAAGCUCACGCGCCUGGCGGCCGGCUCCACAGAGUUCUCUCAGGUGCGGAAGCUGUUCCAGCGCACCAUGCCCAGCAGCACCGUGCACAGCAUCCAGAGGAUCCAGAACCCCUCCCUGCACAGGGUCUUCCAGUGGCAGAAGGAGAAAAUGCAGAAGAAGAACGGCGGGAAGCCCGUAGACCAGCGGCUGCUGUUCCACGGCACGGAGGGGGCCCUCACACAGGCCAUCUGCGAGCAGAACUUCGACUGGAGGAUGUGCGGCGUGCACGGGUCGCUGUACGGCAAAGGGAGCUACUUCGCCCGGGACGCGUCGUACUCCGACCGCUUCUCCAAGUCCAGCAAGGGGAUGAAGACCAUGUUCGCCGUGCAGGUGCUGGUGGGGGAGUUCACCCGAGGGGACCGCACCUACCUGCGGCCCCCGGCCAAGGGCCCCAAACAGAGCCUCUACGACAGCUGCGUGGACAGCGUGGAGAAGCCCACCAUCUUCGUCGUCUUCGAGAAGCACCAGAUCUACCCCGAGUACAUCAUCGAGUACAGUCCCUGAGGCUGAAGCCUCAGCACGGCGCCCUAACUCCCGAAUGUCGCUGCACAGAGCUCUAGUUCCAGGAUAUAUGGGGAACUAAUAUGCGCCGAUACGCUUUGGAUCAAAAAUGGCUUUGACUGUCUUACAUGCACUCAGUGAGCACCUUAUUGGGUAUUUAUGAGACUUGUUUUUUUUAGGCUGAGUGAGUGGACUGCUGCCGUAGCCUUUCCGCUUAACGGUUUGACGCGUUGUGCGUUCAGAGACGCUCUUCUGCAUAUUCACCGCACCAUUCUCUGCAAACUCUAGAGACUGUUGUGCGUGAAAAUCCCAUUUCUGAGACACUCAAACGACCCUGUCUGGCACCAACAAUCAAUCCACGGUCAGAGUCACCUGGAUCACAUUUCUUCUCCAUUCUGACAUUUUGUCUGAAAAACAUUUAGUUGCUGCCAUAUGAUUGGCUGAUUUUAAUAUUUGCAUUAACAAGCUGGUGUACAGGUCUACCGAAUAAAGUGAUCACUGAGUGUAGAUUCUAUGAGCUUGAAUACAAGACUAUAUUUAACUAUUCUUUCUAAAAUUACUGCUGUGAUUAACAUUCGCUAGGAAAUAUCUGGGAAUAAAUAUUUGCGAUUUAAUGGUCUGACGCUAUGCCUUUAAUAUACUCACUGUUAAUCUCAUUCUGACCGGAAGGGGAUCUAAACCAAAGUACUGUUGAAUACCUAACAAAAUGCUAUCGUAAAAUGACUGAUUUGUCCGGAACAAUUAUGUUGUGUUAUAAAUGUCUCAUGCAUUUUAAACAGACAUUAAACGGUACAAUAUUAA